AUGCAACCUAUUCCUUUCACUUUGUUCUGGCGGAUUAGCUCCCCACGAGUUCCCUGCUUUACCGGUCUGAAGGCCAACGUCAACUCUUCGAUUCAAGUCCGGUGGUCCCUUCGACUACCCCAGAUUCACAGACGUAGCAUGGCGAUUAGCAUCCACCCCCCCAGGGAUCCCAAUACCCUUAGCAACUAUAACAACUGGAUAUGCACCCACAUCACUGCCAACUUCGACAUCCUUUUUGACCAGAAAAAGCUCGUGGGAAACGUCAUUCACAAGCUCAAGUCAACUACCAACGGCGAAUCGCAGGAGAUCAUCUUGGACUCUAACCAUGUGGCAAUCGGAGACGUCAAAAUUGACGGCAGGCCUUCUGAGUGGGAGCUUCUCCCUCCGUUGGAACCUUAUGGCUCUGCCUUGAAGAUCAAGCUCGAUCAGGGAGUAAAUUUGAACGAAACCAUUGACGUUGAGAUCUCCGUUCAGACCACUGAAAAGUGUACCGCACUCCAAUGGCUGACCCCGGCCCAAACGUCCAACAAGAAGCAUCCAUACAUGUUCUCUCAGUGCCAGGCGAUCCAUGCACGAUCCAUAUUUCCUUGCCAGGAUACGCCUGAUGUUAAGAGUACCAUCGAUUUCAACAUCUCGUCCCCCCUUCCUGUGAUUGCUAGUGGCUUGCCUGUCCGGGAUGCUCUGGGUGCGUCGAAAUCGGAGGGCAAAUCUUUGUACCAGUUUCAUCAACGCGUCCCAAUCCCGAGCUAUCUCUUCGCUCUAGCCAGCGGUGACAUUUCAGAAGCUGCAAUCGGACCCCGCAGUGUUGUGGCCACCAGCCCGGACAAGGUCCAGGAAUGCCAGUGGGAGCUCGAAGCAGAUACGGAGAAGUUUAUCGGCGCAAUUGAGAAAAUUGUAUACCCUUACGCCUGGGGCGAGUAUAAUGUUCUGAUUCUCCCACCAAGCUUCCCUUACGGAGGAAUGGAAAAUCCCAUCUUCACGUUCGCCACUCCCAGUAUUAUUUCUAAGGACCGAGAAAAUAUUGAUGUCAUUGCCCACGAACUCGCGCACAGCUGGAGCGGCAACCUCGUGACCAAUGCAUCAUGGGAACAUUUCUGGCUGAAUGAAGGCUGGACCACCUAUUUAGAGAGGCGGAUCCUAGCUGCCGUACAUGGGGAAGCAUAUCGGCAUUUCUCCGCCAUUAUAGGUUGGAAAGCACUCACUGAUUCCGUGGAGCAUUUUGGGCAUGACCACGAGUUCACUAAAUUGAUUACGGACCUCAAGGGCAAGGACCCGGAUGAUGCGUUUUCUAGUAUCCCUUACGAGAAAGGAUUCAACUUCUUGUUCCACCUGGAAACACUUGUAGGAAAACAGAAGUUUGACCGUUUUAUCCCUCACUACUUUACUGUGUUCAAGGGAAAGUCACUAGACUCCUACGAAUUCAAAGCGACUCUCCUGGAUUUCUUUGGCACUGACGCGGAAGCGUCUAAGCUGUUAAAUGAUCUCGACUGGGAUACAUGGUUCUAUGCCCCUGGGUUACCUCCGAAGCCUCAGUUCGAUACAUCACUUGUUGACGUUGUUUACGAACUUGCCCAAAAAUGGAAGUCACUUUCUGAAACUUCCUCCUUCAAGCCGCAGCUAAGCGAUAUCGAGAGCUUGUCUGCAAAUCAGAUCGUCGUUUUCUUGGAACAGAUGCUUCUUCUUGAGCGGCCACUUACUCCCGAACUGUCGAAGCUCAUGGGCGAAGUUUAUGGACUUUCCAAGAGCGAGAACAUAGAGGUCGCCAACCUGUAUUUCCAACUGGGCCUGAAAGCUGGUGAUGAGAAUGUUGUCGACCCGGCGACCGAACUACUGGGCAGAAUUGGUAGAAUGAAGUUUGUGAGGCCACUGUUCCGGAGCUUGCAGAGAGUCAACCGUGAGGUUGCAGUCGCAACUUUUGAGAAGUACAAGGACUUCUACCAUCCGAUAUGUCGAGCAAUGGUUGAGAAGGACCUUUUUGGGAAGAGGGACGUAUAG